AUGUAUUAAUACCAAUAUGAAAUUCCGAAUUAGUAGACUGAAUAUUAAUUUUCAAUCACCAGCAUCACAAAUACGAGUAAGCUUCUGUUUUUUAAAUUUUAAAUUUUAGAUUUUUAAUUUUUUGUGAAAUGCACCAAAGCUGCUCAAGUAUGGUCUCUCCGAUAUGAAUGGGUAGCGAUAGAUGAUAAAAGAGUUUAAGUGAUAAAUUGCUUUAAUAUGAACCCACCACAAGAUAAAGUAUUCAAUCAUUAAUUACUUAAUGUUGACACUGCAAUAAUAGGACUCAAAAGUAUUGCUUAUAUAAGUUAAAUCGACUUUUAGUUGUCUUGUAAAAUUUGUUUUAAUAAUCUUAGAUUACUUAGAUAACAGUAAACAGCAUUUCGGUUGCAAUCACUAAAGUGACUGGUAAGUUCCAAAAUUUGGUACAAAUUGGUUACCAAAUCCUCUUAGUGUCCUCUAGAGACAUCAUCAAUAAUGGACUAAUUACUUUCUAGCCUGAUUAUACUAGUGCUGCAAUGAAUUUAGAAUAAAAUAAGUGGUUAAUUUUACCAAUUUAAGGAAUUCAAUAUAGUUAUGCAGGUCAAUUAACUUUAAGAAUGUAGAAAAACAUUGUAGCUUCAACAGUUACGUUUAGUUUUACAAAGUGAAAGAUUAAAUAUUAAUAUAGGGCAAUCUGAGAGUCCUCUUUUUAGAAUUUAAAGUGUCCUGUUGUCAUAAUUGUUUGCAGUAAAUUAAGCACUUUAAUGCAAAACAUUAAGAAUAAGUUAAAAGUUAGAUUAUUCAUAAUGCAACAGGCCAUAAUUUGAAAUCUAAAUACUUCAAUCAAAUUUAAUAUAUGAUGCAAUUGGACAAUUUACAACUAUUCUCUUUAAACCAAUAACAAAUAUUGAUUUCGUUCUGUUAGUAAAUUGUAUAACUGGAAAGCAUGUUGUAUCUUAAUUUAAUAAAUGCAAUGCAUGUCCAACAUAAAAAUAUUAUUAAUUUAACCACUAUUGUCACUCAUAAAUUAAUUUAAUAAAUUAUUUUCCUAAGUUCACCUAACUAGAUUAGGUUAAUUAAGAGUUCACCAUAACAAUAACGAGUUCAAGCUGCUAAGUUAAGUAGAUACUUUAUAAUUAAGUAAAAACAGAAUACAUUAUUAUAAAUAUCUAAAUAUAAUGAACCUGUAAAUUCAAAAAUAGUCAAUAUUGGUAUUGGAGAUAAAUUUGCUAUAUUUCCAGGUAAAAUUGUGCCAAUUUCUUACAAUGAUACCAUUAUGGAUUUUGUCUCAUGUGCAAUUGAAUUAAUUAAGUUUGAUAAAGCUUGUAUAUGCUAAAACAAUCCAAAGAGUAAUUUACUAAACCAAGAUUAUGUUUAUCUAAAUACUUCAAUAUAUACAUCCAAAUUAAAGAAUUGCAAUUAUUUUACAUUUACAGGAUGGUUUAAGAUUAAAGAAAUAAUUCAAAAUGACAAAGAAAUGACAUUGUAAUUUAUUAAAUUAACUUCAAACAUGUAAAAUAGUUAAUUUUAAAACUAAAAUAUAUCUCCAUAUUAUUAAUAAUAAUAAUUUAGAGAUAUGUUAUAAUCGAAUUGUUACUAAUAUGCAUAAAUUUUCAGCUGAACAGUCAAAGGAGUAAAAUUAGCAGUUAGAAUGCCAAAAAUUUGAUGUUCUAGAAUUCUGAACUCAAUUUUACAAAUUAGAACUCUAUCACUAAAAGAUGCUAAUUUAAAUAUCCAAUAGAGUUAUCUCUGAUGUUAUACCCUAAUAUCAAAGUCGUAAUACUAUACAUACUAUUAAUGAUCUAAGAAAUAAAUACAACAAAAUCAGAAAAGUUAUAAACAAAGUAUAUUCAACAAAUCUAUGAUUAAGUAGAAUUGUCGAUGUAUGAGUAUGAAUCCUUUUAGUUUUGAACUAAAAAAUUUAUUAAAGGAAAAAUAGAAUGAAACAUCAGAUGAGGCAUAUUACAUUAGAAAUUAAAUGAAAAUCAAUUAAACCACUUUGCUCAAAACAAGAGUGUCCAAUUAUUUUUGUACAUUAUGUUAACAUGAGGAUACUAUUGUGGAUUAAGUAUGGAAAAGUUGUGAAUAAUUAUUAAAAAUUGAUAAUUUAGAAGUUCAUCUUUUUUUAUGA